AUGCACCAGCAAAUGAAGAUGACAGGCCUACAACCUGUGAUCAGUCCUGCUCCCAACACCAAAAAUAAGCUGGCUAUCCAUUGGGAGGGGGCCUACAGUGCUCGCACCUCUCGCCUCAUCGCCUGGUGCAAAGCUAAUGAUGAUGCAUGCAUCAAACUCUUCUCCGAUUCUGUGAAGGAUGCAAAAGAGCAAGGGAGGAAGAAAAAGCAGAGUGCUGCUCAAAAGAAACAUACUACUCGCAGCUUGCAAAUGCUAUAUUUUCAAAUGACGAAGAUCCUGAAACUCGAUUCGGAACGCUCAAAAAGAAAAUACAACGAGUUCAACAAGUCCCUCAAGCAGACAGGCGCCGGAUUAACAUAUGAUGAGCUACAGAAGAACCCGCAGACCAAGACACUCAUUGAUUCGCAACUGGACAAAUUCCCAUGGUGGCCAGACCUUCACGGUUGGUGGAGGACAAAUCCUGCCUAUAAUACUGUAUUCUCAACCGCUGAUCCUGGACAAAACUAUGAAUCUGCUGCGCUACAAACACUUCCAUGUGCCUGA